AUGUCUUUGGUUGAGAACCUCCGCUUUGUUUCGCCAGAGGUGUUUGCCUGCGAGGCCGCCGACCUCCUUGACACACUCGAGACUGAGAACAACCAAGCGUGCACCAAAUGCGCGGCCAAGCUCUCGCAGCUCAACACGCAGCUGAAGCAGGCGACGACCGACCGCGCCAAGGCCGUCGCACAACAACAAUCUACGCUCCAGGACAAGAAAGCACACGACCAGCGCCUCAAUGCGCAUGAGGCGUCGAUCCGAAUGCACGAAGGCCUCAUCUCGGGCGACCACAAACGCUGCAUCCCGCUCUACUCGCAGAUCGACGGUCUCAUCUCCGUCGCCGAAAACGAUCUGGGGGCAGCACAGCGCCGCCGGAGCGACUCCGAACGGGCUCUAACUCACCUCCGCGAAGCCUUGGCGUCGACCAAAGACGCACAGAGAAAGACGCAGGCCAGCAUCGAGAAGCUCAACAAUGAGCUUGGCAAGCUUCAACAUGAGAUUGAACAGUUAGACCGCAAGACGAGCUCGACGGGGAAGCAACUGACGAAACUGCAUGGCGUGCGAGAAGCAGUCUUGACACUCCGCGCCAAGUACGGUCUUGCCGCGUUGCGAGUUGCACUCGUCGCGAAUAUCAAGAAGGAGUUUUUCACGGCCAUGUGUCUCGAGGACCUUCAACGCCUCGUUCAGCAGCACACGGCAGCGCUCCAGUUGGUCUAACCGCGAGGAUUACUAUACUGAUAUUACAUGCAAUGAAUGCACUUUUCGU